AUGGACUUCAAUAACCCUGAUUUCUUCGGAUUCAUGCAGCAUGCUCUCCGAGAGAUGACUCCUGAACAAAUUAAAGAGGCUCAGAUGAAAUAUUUUGCUAUGCUUAGAAACACACAAGCUUAUCAAGCUCCUAAUAUACCACCACAAUCAUCCCCCAAAAUUCAAAAUAGUUUUGAAGAUUUAUCCCAAUAGUAUUGUUAGCUGCAUUUUCCAUAAAUAAAAUAUUGAUAUUUAUAAAAAUUCAAAAAAAGCAUUUAUAAUGAAAAAUUAUAUACCUAACUCUCCCCUUCGUGAGCGAGCAAUAAUCAUAGUAAAAAAAUCCUAUUUUUGGGAAAAACCUACCAUCCUGAGCGAACAAAGUUUUUUUUAAUAUAAAAGAAUCCUAUUAAAAUGCAUUUUGAUAUAUAUGUUAUAAUUGUUAUAAUGAAAUCUUUAGUUAAUUUUGCUUAAUUUUAAACAGCUUAACUUUCAAACAGAAUUUUUACAAAUUAAAUUAAUAUUUUCUUUCCAAAAAAGAUUAAAAAACAUUAACCUUCCUCCUUAAGUGAAUAAAAUUUUUAGUUCGCACAGGGAGGGGGAGUAAUUAUAAUGAAUAAAAGCAUACUCACUAAUAUUUUUAUCUAUUUUCAUAUAUAAAACAGUUCAAUUGCUAAUCAGUAUUAUUACUUUUACCUUUAAUUAGGUAUAAUAAGACCAAAUUCAGUAGAAAAUAAAUCUGUCCCUCAGCCUCCUUAUUCUAGAUAUCAAAAAUAUGAAAAUGACGAAGAUUUUUAUGAAGAAGACGAUGUGAUUACUAGCUCACCACUGCCUGAAAUGUCUAAUCCUUCUGAUCAACAACCUAUGGAAGAAGACUUUGAAAAUUAUCUUACAGAAACAGAUAAAAAUUAUGACAAAAAUUAUGUUAGUAGCCAAAGUCAGCCCCAUGAUUUUGAUGAAAUACCUGUUGCUGGUGUCAAGAAAACAUUUGAGCAGCUACUUGAAGAAAAAAUAAAAUACGAGGAAAUUGAGGGGGAAGACAGCAAGCCUGUACAAAAGCGUGAAUUUUUGAAAAGAAACUCUGGCAAAUUAGCUGCAAACAAAAUUAUUGCUAAAAGAGUUGAGAGGCCUAAGCCAUUUGCAGAAGAAAAAGCAAGAAAAUUUACUGAUCCUCUCUUUGAAAUUGGAACAAAAAUUUUAAUCCAAUUUAAAGGAAAUUUAUAUAAAAUUUCCAUAAUAAAUUUAUUUUGAAAAAAAUAAUAGUAGUAGAUUUAUUUUUAUAAAUAAAUUAAUAGACUCAAGAUGGUAAAUGUUAAAUUUAAAAAUUAAAUUGGAUCAAAAGUUAUUUUAAAGAAAUUAAGAUCAUUUUAACCUAUAAAGGCUUCUAUUGAAAGAGUAACACUUGCUCAAAUUAAAGAGGGGGAGUGAGGAAAAACCAAAAUUAGUAAUUGAAGAAAAACCUAGACUAAUAAUGGAAGAAAAAUCGAGGCAAAACAUUGAAGAACCAGCUGAAAAUUCAAAACCUGCAAAACCUUUCCUAAAAAGAGGCGAAGGAAAAAACUGUUUAAAAGGGGAUGAAAAAGCAGCCUUAAUUAAUUAACAGUAUUUAAGGUGUCUGGUACCGCGCCAAAUCUGAGGAAACGGCUAUUACCGAACUGGUGAUGUCACGGGCCAUAUUUCCUCCUAUGCCUCCCUGCAACUGGGCAACUCCGCCAAUCGAUUCCGCCGCCUGCUCAAUUACACUUCUCAUAUGAAAAAGCAGCCAAACCAGAAAAAUCUCAAAUGAAAUCUUUAUCACCUCGUAAAAAAGACAACAAGCCUUCCUCCCCAAAACCUCAGCCAAAGCCGCUUCAAAAGACUCAAAAGCAAGCCAAGCAGCCCAAAGAAGACAAAGCUAUUGAUGAUGACGCAAUUAUAUUUGACUCCAGUGCUUUACAAAGCAACGAAACUCGUCCUUCAGAGCCAAAAAAAAUCAAAAUUCCUAUCUCCAAUGACCCUUCAAAGCAAGAACCAAAACUUCCUACAAAUCCUUCUCCCCCUAAGCCUGGCUCCACAGAAGAAAAAGUGCAAAAAUUAAAUCAGGAAAUCGAAAACAUCAAAUCAAAAAGCCAAGAAGUCCGAAACACUACCAAAGAGCUCGAAUCCAGCAAAAAAGCAAUUGAAGACCAGCUAAUAGUUCUACUAGAAUUUAAAGAUGCACAAAUAAAAGAGCUUGAAAAGUGAAAAGACAGUGAAAUCAAAAGAAUGCAAAAAGAAAGGAAACAAGCUGAAGUCAAUGCGAGGGCUGCUUUGACAGCACAGCCUCAGAAUAAAAAAGAAAAAGAAGAAAUCGAAGAGCUGAAAUCAGCGAUUUUUAAGUUUCAAGAAGAGUCAAAAAUUAAAGAAAUCAAGCAAAAAGAGACGCUGGAGAAACUAAAGCAAGAACUUACACAGAUAAAUACUCAUAAUGCGUUACUGGAAACACAGUUACGAAUGCUGGAUCAACAGCGAAUUAAAGAAAACUGGGGCAAGAAAGCAACUAUUAAAUAUUCAAUAUAACUAAUAAAUGCAUAUAUAUUGAUAAUGAGUCAAGAAAUCUACAUAACAAGCCAGCCAAUGAAAAGAAUGGUUUAUAAUGAAUGAUUUGAUAUCAUCCGCAGGCUCUUGACAGGGAACUAGGCAAUUUUGGAGAAAAAUAAACUUAAUUAUCAAUAUGAGUGUAUAGGCUAUACUAUAA